AUGCAACAGCCACCCCGCUUGCACGGCAGCGGUGCGGGCCAGCGCUCUGGAGCCGCUCCCGCUUCGGUACCGGUAGCACCGUCGACACCGCGGAAGGCGCAAGAGCUCGACAACCUCAUCCGCUCGCUCGAAGAUCAGUACCAACUGGGUUUCAAUGUCAAACGUGGACACAGGUCGCCAGCACAGCUCAAACGUACAGCAGACAGGGCAGCCCGGCAGAUUGGUAACCUCUUCUAUAACCACAGGCCGGUUCUCGAUGACGCACUUGCGACUUUUGCGACUACGGCUACGUUCAUCGCGAAGGACCAACGAGCCAACCCACUGUUGACCGUGCUACAAACGAAGUCACCGCAUGUGUCGCCGAUGUCAAGGUCUGGGACGACGAUGAGCGCGAAGAACGGAAACCAGCCCCUCAUCAAGCCUCCAGUAUCAGCAUCAUCUAAGCCCGCACCAACGCUGUUCAAGAAGCCCUCGCUGCAAAUGGCGCGCUCCUUUGACGUCUUCCCUGCCUCCCAAUCCACGGUCAAUACCACCUUCAAUACCGUGUCUUCUUCGCAGCAGACCCAGCCGGAUACUGCGAACACUUCCUUUACAUCGGACACCAAUCCCACUGAGGUUCCACACACGUUCUUCACAAGAAACAGCUCGACCAUAAUGGGCUCGCUCGAUGAUCAAGACCUGAAUGUAGGUGCAAAAGUCAGCAACGAGGCUCUUGCGAUGAAAGGGCGCCAGGAACCUUCGAAUACGCCUUCCCAAGGUCGCGACAGCUCCUCAACGUGGGGUUCGUCACUCUCUGAGGAGGACCUGCUCGAAGCAUCUGCCAGAGUCGAGUCCGUCUAUGCCAUGUCUUCGUUUGCCCCGGGACAGCUCUCGCCCCAGCGUCUAGCUCACCAAGUUGGAGGCUCCCAACCAACGCUGUCGCUCACUAAGAACGGGGCUUUUGCUCAGGCCAAGUCUGCAAUAGCAGCUUUGGCUCAGUCAUUCCCACCACCGCCAGGUGUCAGUGCCAAGCUCUCUCCAGACAAGGCGGCUUCUAAGCCCAAAAGCCCGGCGAAUGGUGUGACUCCCCGUCGGGCUCAGCGGCAGUCUCCGCGGGAACAAACACCAGUAGAGUCUCCGUCAAAGAUUGCGUACCACAUCAGAGACAUACCUGGUCAAGGCUUGUUCGUCGGUGAACCUGAAUCCAGUCUGCGCGUGAUGCCUUACUUCGCCCUGUUCAUCUGUCAGCGUAUCGCCUUGGAGCACUCCGUUACGCUGGCUGAGCUUGUUUGCAACAUGGACCUCGCAUCAGCUUGUGCCGAUCCAGUGGUGUUUUGGGCAUCUCUUCUAGAGCACCCUAAGAUCCUUCGUAUCAAGUUCAAGGACUCAGAGCGUUUGUGGUCGGCUGCUAAGCGCAGCUACGAUGGUUUCACCUUCAAGGGCCAAGUCAACCUACGAAGCAAGAACUCAGGGCCCAUAUUUCAGCUUGAUCUUCAUCCAGUUCUACCGGACAAAUCGUGUCGUUUCCAGCGUGGCACUAUAGAUGAUUUGAAGCACAUACGAAACCACUGUGAGAAAUGGCUGCACACCGAGCAUACCUUCCUAUAUCCCAAGUGGCGGGUGUUCCACAUCGCGCCCAUGAAAAAGGAGAAGAAAAAAAGUCGAACUACAGAGGUCACCCACAAAUUUCGUAUCGUGCUGUUCGCCACAGAAGGCUGCGGUAUCGACCAGAAGCACACUGUGGGUGGGAUGCUCAAUUGGUUUCUUCCGUUUAGCGAGAAUGUGGAACAGAGCUUUUAUAAGGCGUUUGCACGUUUCGACCUGGGGUUGUCUAGAACAACGCCCACCCACAUCUUCAACCCGACUCAGAUCAUUCGUGUCGGCGACACGAUUGCCAACGGAGACCGCGAAGCCACCGAGUUCGACGAUCCAGGUUUGAAAUCGUUCAUGACCAAGUGCCUAAUGACCAAGUCAUGA